AUGAUUGGAGGAUCGGCUUCUGAAGGCAGUAGUGAAUCUUAUUUUUACAACGAGAUGAUGGUGCUUUUGAUUAACUCCUGUGGCCGCAGGUUCUACAAAUCUUCCUCUCAGGAUCUCCAGUGUUCUCGUUGUCCAACCCACAGUUUUUCCGACCGCGAAGGAUCAUCGCGGUGUGAAUGUGAAGAUGGGUACUACAGAGCUCCUUCUGAUCCGCCAUAUGUCGCAUGCACGAGGCCUCCCUCUGCACCACAGAACCUUAUUUUCAACAUCAAUCAAACGACUGUAAGUUUGGAAUGGAGUCCUCCAGCUGACAACGGGGGAAGGAACGAUGUCACGUACAGAAUCCUGUGCAAGCGGUGCAGUUGGGAGCAGGGGGAAUGUGUGCCGUGCGGAAGUAACAUUGGAUACAUGCCCCAGCAGACAGGAUUAGAGGAUAACUAUGUCACCAUCAUGGACCUGCUCGCCCAUGCAAAUUACACUUUUGAAGUCGAAGCUGUAAAUGGAGUUUCAGACUUAAGCAGAUCCCAGAGGCUCUUUGCAGCUGUCAGCGUAACCACCGGUCAAGCAGCUCCCUCGCAAGUCAGUGGGGUCAUGAAGGAGCGAGUGCUGCAGAGGAGUGUGGAGCUUUCCUGGCAGGAACCAGAGCAUCCCAAUGGAGUCAUCACGGAGUAUGAGAUCAAGUAUUAUGAGAAAGAUCAAAGAGAAAGGACAUACUCAACACUGAAAACCAAGUCCACCUCCGCCUCCAUUAAUAAUCUGAAACCGGGAACAGUGUAUGUUUUUCAGAUCCGGGCGUUCACUGCUGCUGGGUAUGGAAAUUACAGCCCCAGGCUUGAUGUUGCCACACUUGAGGAAGCUUCAGCGACAGCAGUCUCCAGCGAACAGAAUCCUGUCAUCAUAAUUGCUGUGGUGGCUGUAGCAGGGACCAUCAUCUUGGUGUUCAUGGUGUUUGGCUUCAUCAUUGGAAGAAGGCACUGUGGUUAUAGCAAGGCUGACCAAGAAGGGGAUGAAGAGCUCUACUUUCAUUUUAAAUUUCCAGGCACCAAAACCUACAUUGACCCUGAAACCUAUGAGGACCCAAAUAGAGCUGUCCAUCAAUUCGCCAAGGAGCUAGAUGCCUCCUGUAUUAAAAUUGAGCGUGUGAUUGGUGCAGGAGAAUUUGGAGAAGUUUGCAGUGGUCGUUUGAAACUUCCAGGGAAAAGAGAUGUUGCAGUGGCCAUAAAAACCCUGAAAGUUGGUUACACAGAAAAACAAAGGAGGGACUUUUUAUGCGAAGCAAGCGUCAUGGGGCAGUUUGACCACCCAAAUGUCGUCCAUUUGGAAGGGGUUGUCACAAGAGGGAAGCCCGUCAUGAUCGUGAUAGAGUUCAUGGAAAAUGGAGCCCUGGACGCAUUUCUCAGGAAACAUGAUGGGCAGUUUACAGUCAUUCAGUUGGUGGGCAUGCUGAGAGGCAUUGCCGCUGGGAUGCGAUACUUGGCUGAUAUGGGAUACGUUCACAGGGACCUUGCAGCGCGCAACAUCCUUGUCAACAGCAAUCUUGUUUGUAAAGUGUCAGAUUUUGGCCUGUCCCGGGUUAUAGAGGAUGAUCCUGAAGCCGUCUACACAACCACUGGUGGAAAAAUUCCAGUAAGGUGGACUGCACCUGAAGCCAUUCAAUACCGGAAAUUCACCUCGGCCAGUGAUGUGUGGAGCUAUGGGAUUGUCAUGUGGGAAGUAAUGUCUUAUGGAGAACGACCUUAUUGGGACAUGUCGAAUCAAGAUGUCAUUAAAGCAAUAGAAGAAGGUUAUCGCUUACCAGCACCCAUGGACUGCCCAGCUGGUCUUCACCAGCUAAUGCUGGAUUGUUGGCAGAAAGAACGGGCAGAAAGGCCAAAGUUUGAGCAGAUAGUCGGCAUUCUAGACAAAAUGAUUCGAAACCCAAGUAGUCUGAAAACACCCCUGGGAACUUGUAGUAGGUAA